AUGGCUACUCUUUUUGCCACUCCUCUCUUCUCUCCUUUAACUCUUUCCCAAGCAAGAAACCGCCAUUUAUGUUCUACAAUCCGAUGCGAUUCGAAGCAUGGUCAGAGUUUCGAAUCCAAUGGAAUCAAAAAGCUGAAUUUAUCCAAAUUCCGUAAACUUGAUGUAAAAAAGAGUAAGUUUCUGCAAAUGGGUUCUCAAGAGAUGAGUUUUGAGAGAAAUCUCUUAGUUCAAGCCAUGGAUGGUGCAGGAACUGGAAACCCAUCAACGAUCUCUAAUAAAGUGUUUGGGAUAACGCACUUGUUGGUUUCACUUGGGAUCAUAGUUGCAACAGAUGUGUUUUUGAAGCAGGCUUUUAUAGCAGCUUCGAUAAAGUUCCCAAGUGCUUUGUUUGGGAUGUUUUGUAUUUUCUCUGUUCUUAUGAUAUUUGAUUCCUUUGUUCCUGUUGCUGCUACAAGCUUGAUGAAUUUCUUCGAGCCUGCGUUUAUGUUUAUCCAAAGAUGGCUUCCUUUGUUCUACGUUCCUUCUCUUGUAGUUCUUCCUCUUUCCGUCAGAGAUAUUCCCGCGGCUUCCGGUGUCAAAAUCUGCUACAUUGUAGCUGGUGGAUGGUUGGCGUCUCUUUGUGUAGCAGGGUACACUGCUAUUGCAGUGAGAAAGCUUGUGAAAACUGAAAUGACAGAAGCCGAACCUAUGGCAAAACCUUCUCCAUUUUCGACACUUGAACUAUGGAGUUGGAGUGGGAUCUUUGUCGUAUCGUUUGUCGGUGCUCUGUUUUACCCUAAUUCAUUGGGGACAAGUGCAAGAACUUGUCUCCCUUUCCUUCUUUCUUCCACUGUCCUAGGUUACAUUGUGGGCUCUGGGUUGCCAUCUUCUAUUAAGAAAGUUUUCCAUCCGAUAAUCUGCUGCGCGUUAUCUGCAGUUCUCGCUGCUCUAGCUUUUGGUUAUGCUUCAGGAUCUGGACUUGAUCCUGUUUUAGGAAGCUACCUUACCAAAGUAGCGUCGGAUCCGGGUGCUGGUGACAUAUUAAUGGGUUUUCUUGGUUCUCUCGUCAAGAGGCACGCAGCUGAGAUCUUCACAUCGGUGAUCAUUUCAACGGUUUUCUCGCUCUACUCAACUGCCCUUGUUGGACGUUUAGUUGGAUUAGAACCAUCUUUAACGGUAUCAAUCCUACCUCGCUGCAUCACGGUUGCAUUAGCCCUUAGCAUUGUAUCACUCUUUGAAGGGACCAAUUCAUCUCUUACCGCAGCUGUUGUCGUUGUGACGGGUCUGAUUGGAGCUAACUUUGUACAAGUUGUUCUUGACAAACUGCGUUUACGCGAUCCAAUCGCUCGAGGAAUCGCAACUGCUUCAAGUGCUCAUGGACUUGGAACAGCAGCUUUAUCAGCUAAGGAACCAGAAGCACUUCCCUUUUGUGCAAUUGCUUAUGCUCUCACCGGAAUCUUCGGUUCGUUACUGUGCUCUGUUCCCGCUGUCCGGCAGAGUUUGCUGGCGGUCGUCGGCGGCUGA